GACAAACGGAAAACAACAACAACUGAUGCGGCUGCUGCUGCAGUUGUGGAGCAGAAGCUCAAUCAACGUGGUCCUGUAGUGGAAAUGUUGGCUGAGAAAUAAGCGUGUAUCAAGAACAUGGAGUCCAAGAAAAUCGAGUAUUUAGUCGUUGAUACCGGUGCUUUUCUGAAGGAUGCUGCCAUCCAGGACCUUGGUGAAAAUGUGAUAACGUGUCAAGAAGUUAUUAAUGAAGUGACAAACUCAAGACAACUCCGCAGAUUAGUAGUUCUCCCAUAUGAACUCCAAGUGAAGGAUGUAUUUCCUGAAAAUGUCCACUUUGUCACUGAGUUCUCUAAGAAAACUGGUGAUUACUGCAGCUUGUCAGCCACAGACAUAAAGGUUAUUGCAUUAACUUAUCAAUUAGAGAAACAGAUAGUUGGUAGCGAUCAUUUGAAAAGUGCUCCGGAAACCCAAAGAACUAUCACCUUUCAAAAUCGUCCUACUGUCGAUCUCAAAGACAUUGCAGGAUUUUACAUUCCUGCUUCUGCGGGAAAUGUGAAAGGGGAAAAUGAAGAUGGAGAAUGUUCAGCUGCACUAAGUGAAAAGUUCUCCAACUUACAAUGCACUGAGAUUUCGGGAGACAAUGACAAAGAAAUCAUUGAUUCAGAUACUUCAGAAUGUCCUGAAGAAGAUGACAGCAAGGUUGAAAAUGAUCAGCUGUUAGAAGAGGUUGACCCUUCAUCAGUGCUUGUCAAAAUUGAGGAGCCGGGCUCACCCAAGCCUAAAUCAGACAGUGCUCAAGAGUAUGAUGAGAGUGAUGAGGGGGAGGAAAGCUGCGAUAGUGAAGAAGAUACUGACGAUGAUGGAGGUGCAUGGAUUACCCCAAGUAACUUGAGUCGAGCUAAGAAGCAGAUGAAUGCUGAUGUUGAAGAAGAAAAAUCUGUCAAAGUUGCCUGUAUAACAACAGAUUUUGCCAUGCAGAAUGUUUUGAAGCAGAUUGGGUUAAAUAUUGCAUCAGUGGAUGGUCGCGUCAUAAAACAGCUCAGGACAUUUAUUCUUCGCUGCUAUGGGUGCUUUAAAACUACAAGUAUCAUGACAAAAGUGUUCUGUCCUCACUGUGGGCACUCAACACUCAAGAGAGUAGCCGUUUCUGUCGAACCUGAUGGUUCUCAGAAGAUCCAUAUCAAUUUUAAGAAACCCCUUAGUACCAAAGGGAAAAAGUAUUCAUUGCCAACAUUUCAAGGAGGAAAGCAUUCCAACAACCCAAUUAUCUUUGCUGAUCAACCAAUGCCUGAUCAGAGACCAACCCGUGUUGCCAAAACCAAGACUAACAUCCUUGAUGCUGAUUAUAUUCCAGGAUUUUCUCCCUUCGCGCUGCGUGACACUACUUCCAAAUCGGCCAUGUUGGGUAUCCGUGGCAACCAAGAAAUGAAACAUUGGAUGCGGAGCAACCCAAAUGGAAGAAGGAAAAAGAAGUAAAUUUUGUAUGUUAUCUAAACUUUAUACUGUUAUUUAAGAAUCUUAACUUUAAGUCAAUUUAUAUUCAGUCCACAAUAAAUUAAUGUGUGUCUGUA